CACGGGACACAAUGGAUCGGGCAAAUCCGUGUAUUUGAAAAUGGUUGGCCUUCUCCAAUACAUGACGCAAAUUGGGUCUUUUGUUCCAGCAGAGAAAGCGGAGAUCGGACUGGUUACGAAAGUCUUCACCAGAAUACAGAGUAUGGAAUCCGCGACAGUGUCCCAAAGCUCGUUUACAAUCGACUGCAAUCAGAUGGCGUGGAUGCUAAACCACGGAGAUGGCCACUCGCUGUUCUUGAUCGAUGAGUUUGGAAAAGGAACGGCGGAACUCGACGGAAUUGCUUUGCUCAGUUCGUUUAUCAACUAUCUAGCCAGAAAGCGCUUUACAGCGGGUAGACCACGCGUUGUGUUGACAACCCACUUUCUGGACAUAUUUCGGAAAGAUCUAAUUGUGCCAGAACUGGUAGUCGACCCAUCCCUUACUCAGAAUGGAGAUGAAAGCUCGUCCGAUACAGCUCGUGUUGUUUGCACCGUCAUGGCGUCGACGGACGUGCCAAAAUCAUAUUCUGCAACGUCAAACGCUGUUCCGCUAUACGAACUUCGGCGUGGUAUCUCGAGUCACAGCAAUGCUCUAGCUUGCGCGGCAAAGUGCGGAAUACAGCAAAAACUGGUUGAGCGAGCACAAGCAGUAUUGGAUUGCUUUAGGUGCGGGGUGACAGCUUCGUCUCGGUGGCAGUCCGCAGGACCAUCACCUGAGCUGCAUCUCUCUAUGUUAUUCUCGUCGAUUGGUGACUGGCAAACAGCAGGUGAUGACACGGUAUCCAAGCUCUUAGCGAUUGCACGGAUGGGCACCCAGUGA